GCCGCGUGCGAUCGAAUUUUAUUCGCUGGCGGUACUACGAAAGAGACUAUAGCAUACGUGACACAAACUAUAUAAUUUCGAUACCGACAGUGAAUAUCAGAACGCACAGAGGACAGAGAAUAAUUGCAAUGUGGCAGCUACGUCAAAAAGGAGCUUCUAACCUGAUUCUCCGCGUCGCCGAAAAGAGUUCUCACUGAAAAGCAACGCUAUGUCCUAGUAGUAAAAUUCAAUUUUCGCACAACAUACCGAAGAAACGCGCGUGUAUCAAUAGCUAUGUCUAGAUGCAGUGGACAAAAAUGAACGUACCGUUGAUCACGUUUGAAAUUUUCUAUUUUCUGAGCGUAUUUAGAUUUUCCCAAGCGUGGGACAACGACGAAUUGGAGGUGUUCGAUGUGGUCGAGGAGGUCAAUCAAAAUUUCUACGAAGUGCUGGGUGUUACGCAGUCUGCGAACGCCUCCGAGAUCAAGAAAGCUUUCAGACGUCUGUCGUUGCAGUUGCACCCAGACAAAAACUCUGCAGAGGAUGCAGAACAACAAUUUAGAAAGCUAGUUGCCGUUUAUGAUAUUUUGAAGGAUCCUGGAAAGAGGCAACGAUAUGACAAUGUGCUGGUCAAUGGUUUGCCAAAUUGGCGAUCAGCGGUGUAUUAUUACCGCCAUGUGCGGAAAAUGGGACUAUUGGAGAUGAGUGUCAUUUUGUUUACAGUUAUUACAAUAGGACAGUAUCUUGUAGCAUGGGCGGCGUACUUUGAAAAACGAUACACUUAUGAGCAAGUUUUAGGUAGCAAGCUUCAGAAAAUGCAAAAGAAAAGUAGAAAGAGCAAAAUGGAUGUCCCAGACUUGGCUGACAUCUUGGAAAAAAUUCCCACUCCAACUAUAUGGAACACUCUUCCGUUCCAAUUGCCAAGGUGGCUGAUAGGUUCCAUAAUAGCUAUACCAUCUACUAUUCGCCUUACGAUGCAACUGUUGAAAGAUAGACAGGAAAGGAAGAAGCAAGAGGAGGAAGAGGCAUCAGCGCAAGAGAACGAGCAAUCUGAGCCGGAAGUAGUGUCGCGUGGAGUUAGGAAACGUAGGGCUGGUUUUACUCCGCAGGAAAGAAGCGGUAGUACUAUUAAAGAGUCGAUAAAGAAGGACUGUGAUUACACGAAUCAUGUGUGCGAAAAGCCGACGCUGUCGGGUGGCUUAUGGACUGACAGUGACAUAUUAGAACUAAUAAAGUAUGUAAAGAAGUAUCCUGGCGGAACUCCGGAGCGAUGGGAGAAAAUUGCGACUAUUAUGAAUCGUACUGUCGCAGAAGUUACGCAUAUGGCUAAAAAGAUAAAAGACGAAGGCUUAAAGCCUGGCGAGCCAGCGGAGGAGAUUCUUGCGGAAGAGAGACCAAAGAAGAUUAAGACCCGCAUUGAAAAUACCGCGAACACCGCUGAAUGGAGUCAAGAACAACAACGUGCGUUAGAGGCGGCUCUAACGAAAUACCCUAAAGGUGCUUCUGUAGAUAGGUGGGAAAAGAUUGCAAAUUGCAUCGAAGGGAAGACAAAGGAUGAAUGCCAAGCGCGCUACAGGCAAUUGGUGGAGCUAGUGAAGAAGAAGCAACAAACUUCAUAGUUCAACUUGUAUAGAAUACUGUUUUCUCCCCUUUUUUCUUUCUUUUUUCCCCCGGGGAUAUACUUUAUAUCGUCGAGCCAAGAAAUAGUAUUACUGGACUAUAUGAGAGAAAGGAAAGAAAGAUAAUAUUUCUCUUUCUCUCAGUGAAUCAUAUUACAAGCGAGAAAUUUCAUACGAAAGUGAACAGUGACAUUUGCUGAUUGCAAGAUGUACGAGUUUGUCUUUCUUGAAAAAUUACCUAUAUAAAUUUCCUACGCAGAUUCUUUUAUAUACAAGAAAUAUUUCAAUCGUGUUUCGCGUUGUAUGUGCGUGUAUGCGUUCGUGAACAAUCGACUUUAUUAUCGACAGUGCAAUGGUAAAUCUAACGAUGGGAAAGAUGGAGAGAGAGAGAGAGAGAGGGGGGGGAGGGGAGGAAAGGAGAGUAUCGAGAGUAAAGGGAAAAUGAAUGUUUUUCCGUGUCAUCUUAUUAAAUGUUUAUCGAGAAUGUAUUUAUUUAAUAAAUUUAAUAAUCCAUCAAGAGGGAAAAAAAGACUGAAAACUUACAAUCUCAAAUCUGUCCUCUUUUUUCUAAAAGACUGAAUUUGAAAUGAAGACUAUUAGAAUUUAU